AUGAACCGCGUCUCAUCAACCCAAUUUUCAGCUUACGAUAAUCACUUUGAGAAUGAUAACCAAUAGCACUUUACUCGAGUAUCAGACAUUGGACUUCUAAAUCACUCUCCAGCACUUGUUAGUCCAUUCAUUGACGGCAAGAUACGAGGUUCAUCUGCAUAUUCAAACCAAAACUACUUUAAUGGUAACUCUAUGAGGGGAAACUUUUCUGCAACUUCUUUGAGAGGUCAGAACUAGAGCAUCAACAAGUCCUACUUCCGAAAUGGAAGGCUUAUGAGAGUCAAUGAAUCAGGCUACAGAGAAAACAAUACCCAAUACAAUCAUUUCAGGCCUAGUUAAUAAUUGCUACAUUCUGAAUAGGAGGCCCUUCAUAGCUAAAAUAACAAUGCCUCCCACACAAGAGCCUACAUCAAGCAAGUGUUUAACCAGCCAUCUAAUGAAACUCAUUCUACCAAUGCUAUAGUCGAGAUGUUCAGCCUCUAGCAAAAUGAGUACAACAAGCUUCUUGAGGUAAACAUUGAUCUGAGAGAGCAGAUCAAGACAAUGUUGCAGCAUCUUAACGGAGAACACAAUUGCAUCAACAAAUUUAUUCAAUUCUUCAACAAGCUGGAGUCAGAUUAGCAGAACCAAAGCACUUAAGAGUAGUCACCAAAUCUUUGCAAUGCUGAUUAGAAACCAGCAGCCGCAAAAAUAAAACCAAAGUCUUUUCAAUACGAUGCCAUAAAAUCGGAAAUGAGCAAAAUGCAAUUCGACGACUCCAUUUUACCUGUUGAUUUGAUAAAAGAAGGUAAAAAAGUCUAUGAUGAAACUGAACAAUUCUUCAACCAAUUAGCAUAUUACAAUGACCUCAAAUGCUUCAGCUAAUUUAGAGGGUCUUUUGGAAAGUAAAAUUAAAAUCAACAGAAAGAAUAAGGGAAGGUACUCUAGGAAUACUAAACUAACUCAGAGGUAGAAGAUGAAGCCCCUUUGACUGAAAGUGAAAACAGCGUCUGCAACUUCGGCUAAAAGUAAACGAAAGACUCAAGCAAAGGCCAAAGGAAGCCUAUUAAAAACUUUAGUCUUUCUUUGAAACAUGAAUGCAUGUCCCCAACGGUAGAAGCAGAACUUCAUCAGUCUUAGAAUUAGGUGAAGGAAGAGUCUCAGAAGUCAAGUAUUUCUUUUGCUAAGAAAUCUAUGGAGAUCGAUAAAACUUUUCAAAGCAAGAAUGGCAAUUAAGAAGUUGAGAUCAAGGUUGAAACUUAAGUCGAAGAAGACGCUGAUGAUGAAGUAAUCGAUAUAUCUAGAAAUCGAAGUUAGUUUGAAGAACUCAUGGCUAUGAAGAAAAAGUAUGAGAUAGAAAAGCUCAGACAGAAGAUCAAGAAGCAAGGUGUGGUUAUCAUCAGCUAAGACCUACCAACUGACAUGGAAGACAUCGUAGAAAACGAUAUUGAUCUGGAAGAUGAUGAAGAAGAUGAAAACUAUUCUCUAUCUAAGUUGAAAAAGAAGAAGCAAAAAAAACUCAAGAGGAAAUCUCUAACUGCUGUCAAGCAGGAGAAACUUUCAAAAGUAAUCUCAAAGAGGACUUUGCACAAUGGAAAGCUUUCUAAGAAGCCCUCAUCAACAAUUAAGCACAGGUAUGUUUGCAUUAAGUGCAAUGAAGUGUUUACUUCCGGCUGGGCUCUGGGUGGUCACGCAAGCAGAGUUCAUCCAGGAGAAAGUGAUUCAUACAAGAAGAAGAUUGAGAGAAGAGAGCAGAGAGUCAUUGAAAGGCAACUGCUUCAAAUGGCCAAGGAGAAGCAUGCUUAAGAAUUUGGCAAGGAGGCUCCCAUCAACAGAGUCAAGAUUAGAAAGUACAAAAAGGACUUCAAGAAACACCUCUAUGGUAGCACUAAUUUCAACACAAAGGAACUUAUUAUUAGGCUAUAAAAUGAUACCAAACUAGUCUGA